GCUGUAUGUUUUCCUUCUUAAAGUGUUUUCCAGCGAAACUGAGAUGGGACAGAUUCAGCAAGUUACUGGUUUGAUGGAGCACUGCUGAAGGGAAGCCUGAGCGCAUGCGUCAAUAUGGCCCAGACAUUAAUAAAGGUCCAACGAGACUCUAAGAAGAAGUAUGUGAAGUUAGAGGACCUUUGCUUCUCUGAUUUUCUUAGUGCUGUCCGGGAGAAAUUCCUGAUACCAGAGGACAUAAUAAUACAAGUCACAGAUGACCAAGGUGUAGAGGUGGAUGAGGAUGUAUUUCCUGAACUUGCUGCUAAAGAAAUGUGUUUUGUCAUCUCCACUGAUGAUGAACUGCCAUUGGCUGAAUCCUCCAGGACCUGUAGUGACCUUUCAGACGAGAUAGUAUAUGUGACUCUUGAUCUUGGUGGUGUGCCACAACCAAGUGAAGUGCUAUCUUCUCCACUGGGAGACACUGGUAGUCUGACGGAUACUCUGUCCGUCUCCGGAAGUCUUAGCAGUGAAACAAGUGAUCCAGGAUGUGAAGGGAGUCUACGAUUGAACGGAAACGUUGCAAGAAAAGCCGUGGAUCAAAUUCUGACCUCAAAGCCAGCAGGAAUGACAGUGAUUAAAGAGUAUGAAGACACUGGGAGUUUAAAAGACUCCACCAGGCGAUUAAUGGUGAACGUCAUUGUAGCACACAUGCGUGAAAAAGAAGGAUGUCAUGUUAGUAAAGCAACAAAGGAGUUCCAUGCCCUUGGGAUUGUGUCAAGGUUUCCGGCAUUAAAAGACCCAUACUCAAACAAGGGAUAUGAACAUUUUUACGACUGUCGGAGCAACAAAGGCUUUCUUGAGUGGAGACUAAAGACUGUGCAACGUCAGUCCAGAACAGCCUUCCCCGUCAAGAAAGUGGUGCUUCAAGGAGGUCCAACAUCAUCGAGAUCCACUGUGGUUACCACAGGUGAACAGCAAAUGGGAGAUGAAUAUAUGGAAGCAAUAUCUCUUCUUCAGCACACAACAGAUCGUGACACAGUCUUCCAGAAGAUGAGAGAGACCUUCCAGUACCGUCAGCAAAUUCUGCAUGAUCCGCAGCACUCAGCUGAUCUUCUGCAAAUAUUUCCUCGCUUCUUGGACACUAAAGGACUGAUUUUACAAGACUUCUCCUUGCUGUUUGGAGAAGAGGCCGCAACAAGGUUCCUGCAAAAGUGGAACACCAACUUCAAAGACAAGGUCAUCCAAGAGGCCAGGAAUCUAAGGGAGAGCACGCUUCUGAAACAACACCUCACAUCUGCUCUGAAUGAAGGACCAAACAUCGGUGAUGAUCCAGAGUGGGACAGUGAUAUGUCAUCUCUUCUUGUCCUUCUGCAUCUUCUCACACCACAACCAGCUGGAAGAAAACGGGCCAAGAAAAUCAGCAUUGAAGAGGCAACAGAUCAUCUGGUGAAAUUUCAAAAGUCGUGUCAAAGCCUUGAGGAUCAUCUGAUGACCACCAAAGGACGCUCUCAGCCAUAUCUUCUUGCCACAGGGACUUCAAAAGCGCAGGUUUUAACCUAUUACAUUGUCAUGGACAAAAAGCUUCUACCGUGUCAGUCAUGUACAUCCUUGGGGGCUUUUGAUGAGCUAUUUAAGUCCCAUUUUGUCUUCAGUGUGAAAUAUGAAGAUUCUCUGUCCAGCCUGUACACAUUUUUGCAGACAACUGUGUACAACAUUGACAUAGGUAGUACUGAAGAAACGCCAAGAGUCAAAGAGAUGAGAGCAAGGCUGUUAAAUAAGCAGUAACUAUUUAAUUCAGCCAAAAUGUUAAGUUGUUUCCUCUGCACUUCAUCCUUUGGUACAGUUUUACUUUUGUUCAGGCACCUUAAACUAAUACAUGGAAUGUAUCCAGGGAAAAGUCUUAGACUAAAAUGUGGUCAGACAGGUUGUUGUUUGCAGUUCUCAAGUUACUCUGGGUUUAGGAGGCAUCUUAUUAAGAUACAUGCUUUAACCAGUAACAUAUGUGUGCCUGAUCAAACUCUUUCCACUGAUGACACAGAAGACUGUCCCAAUUCUCAGUCCAUAAAUGAAGGACCCUCAACUUCAUCUCAAUGCCAAAAUGCUGUACAAGUUCCUCAAAUGCAAAGUCACAACAAAGAUAUGUGUGCUUCCAUUGUAUCCAAGCUUUUGGGAAGCGGGGUUCCAAAUACUGUAGUUCUUUCCACCAUUGAGAAUUUACAAGAUUUUGUGGAAGAUCUGCAAACUAAUAUUCAAAACCAAAUAUUGAAAGUAAUCCCUGAGAACAACUCAUGCAGGCCAGCCAUAGAAAAUGUAUUCACAAGUUUGGAAAACCCUUUUAGCCAGCUGAACUCUGAUACCAAAUGGAAGAAAUAUUUCAAGGACAAAUGGGGAAUAGUGGAGCCAGUAGAACUGCACCUUGGUGUUCGGUAUGAUACCAGACGCAAUAAUAAAACUGGGACUUACGAACAAGUUCCUGUGAAUGAUAAAUUCACCUAUAUUCCUAUUCUGCAAACUUUACGGUUCAUUUUCAGAAAUGAAAACAUUUGUGAGAUAAUGCAAACACUAACUCAAUCUGACAUGUAUGAAGACUUUUGUGAUGGAAGCUAUUUUAGAAGGCAUCCUCUUUUUUCGGUCCAAAGAUUUGCUCUCCAAAUUCAAUUGUAUUACGAUGACUUCGAAUGUGCAAACCCUCUUGGGUCAAAAAAAGGGAUCCAUAAAGUAGGUUGCUUUUACUUCAUUCUCAGAAACCUUCCUCCAAAGCUAAAUUCUGCCCUGAAGAACAUCCAUUUGGUGUCAUUGUUUCAUGCAGAAGAUGCAAAGAAAUAUGGUAUUGAUGAAAUACUGAAACCUUUGAUAAGGGACUUGAAAAUACUUGAAACUGACGGGGUUCCUGUGCCAUUUGCUGAAAACCCUAUAUGUGGUACCCUUGCACAGAUUACGGGAGAUAACCUAGGUAUGCAUACCAUUCUGGGCUACGUUGAGUCAUUUAGUGCCAAGUAUUUUUGUCGAUUUUGCUUAAUUGACAAAUGUUCAGCGCAGACAAUUUUUUCAGAGGAUGACCCAAGUUUGACUUUACGGUCACGUGACUUGAAUGAACAACACUAUGCCAGUUUGGUAGAUGAUCCAACAUUAACAUCAUCUUUUGGCAUCAAGAGAAGAAGCAUACUUAAUACUUUGCAUCAUUUUAAUACUGCUGAGAACUAUGCUGUUGACAUCAUGCAUGACAUUUUGGAAGGGGUUGGUCAAUAUGA